GGAACCCGUUCUUUUCAAUCAAUGAGACAAAUAGUGAAGAACUACCAGCGAGCUUUGUUUUACAUCUGGAUAGACCUCUGGUUGUUUCAGCCUCGAUACUCGAGAAGAUUCACUCGACGUUGGAAACUUUUAAAGGAGGUAACUCAAAUGUAUUAACAUGAUAAACAAAGACACAUUGGAAAAAUUUGAUGAACUCAUAAAGACGAAAAGAUAUCUUAGAUAAACACGCUGAGCAUUAUCGCUGAGUAUUCAUUAUACAUGCAUGGAUUGCGGGAUAAGUCAAGAAUUUUCCAGCGCUUUUUAUUCUGCUUUAGUUUGGCUUACAGUACUUAUAACAAAAUUAGGCGGGAAUACUGAAUAUUCGGGGCAAACGUCCCUUCACCAACUGUGUUAAACUCGGUUUCGUUGCAGCUGUAGUUAGUUCUCGGUUUCAAAAAUAUAGGAACCAAAUACGCCACCCAUACGAUUCGAUCACCAUAGAAAUCUUGUUUAUACGCCGCAGACAUAACUUUUAUAAGAUGAUCAUUCUCCAGUAGGGCAAUCACGAUUCUAGCUUCUUUUUCCUUUAAAGUGGGUUGAAAGCGUUUCUAACCAUGCUUGAGUCAAGUAAUAUUCUCUUUGCGGCUUUAGCCUUCACAUCAAAUUUUUAUGAAUAAAUACAAAUACUUCCAGUACACAUCAGAAUAUAUCAAAUAUCAUGUGACCUCACUUGUAAUGCGAAUUGUCGCUAAAACGUGUCACUUAGGAAACCACAUUAGGCGUUUAUUCGCGUUUGAAGUCUUUGUGAAAAAGUCCAUCAGUUGUGCUCUUGUGGACAAAACAAUAACGACAGCUCAAAUUCUCGUUAAAUUUGCAUAAACAAAUUAUAUUGUAAUUGUAUUUAAUUAUAUUAUAUUUGUUUGUUAAAACAUUGCAAUAGACAAAUUUGGCUGACGUUUGUUUAUACCCAAUUCACAAUUUUAUAUAUACAGUAUAUUUCACAUGCCUAGUUAUCAUUGUUCUAGUAUACAGAAGCAUAGAAUAGAACAAAGGUAACUAUAAGCUUUGGAAUUAUCUGCAUAAGUGAAUAACUCUUAUACAUACCCUCUAUAUAAUGCUCAGUUACUUUUGUUCUAUUCUAUGCUUCUGCAUACUAGAGCAUGUGAGCUAUCUAAAGUUGUAAAUUGGGGAGCAGCGAUGUAAACAACGGAGUGUGAGCCCCCUAUAGAUGGGCACUUGUGCUCUUGGGACAAACAGUAGUUGCAAUAUUUUUAAAUAACUCCCCCCCCCCCGCCACAAAAAAAAAGCCCAAAAAAUACAAAACCCAAAUUUGUCUAUUAUAGUUAUCGCGAAUCCUUAGGCUAAUUCUCAUUAUAUUUAUCUGUAGUCGUCCAACCAUAUAAGUAUAGAAAUAGUUAAUUUUAUAUCACCCUAUUUAAUUAAUUAUUGUAAUUGUCUGUUUUUCUAAUACAUAUAUAGAGAAAUUUAUUCAAAAUUCUAAAGCGUACAUGGACUGUCUAAUCAUAAAAAAGGUAAGAAGUUCGUCUGUCAAUGUGUUAGUUUCCCUGUAUGUGCUGUCAUUAAUUAAUAUUGUUUGACUCUCAAUAAUUCCAUAUAUUAAUAGUGGCUCAAAGAAAGAAACAUGGAAUAUAGCGCGCAAAUGGCAUACCGCCAGGUUUGUUUGAAAGAUUAGAGAUUUUGAAACUGAUGUUACCUUAUUAUAGGAAAUUAACGAUGCACUUUAUUAACGCGGAUUUUAAAAAUUCGCGUUAAUUUAAUUAAUGUUAAUUUAUGUGAUCGUUAAUUUUAAGUAUGUAAUUUUCAUUUAUCGUUAGUUAAAAAUACCUAGAUUUGUUUUAUAUAACACUAUAACUCUUUUAAUAUCAAAAUACAGCAUAUUAACGUAAACUAAAAACAUCAGUGCUCCUCUUAACAUUAAACCUUUGUUGUUGUUGUGUCUAUAUUUUCUGAUUCGCGUUAAUUUAAUUAAUUUGUCAACCAUGGAGAUCAGAUUCGCGUUAAUAUAAUCAUGUUUUAAAAGACCUAGAAGCAAUCCGCAUUAAUUUGAUGUCGCGUUAAUAAAGUGCAUCGUUAAUUUCCUAUAAUAAGGUACUUAAUUUUUAUAAUCACCGUUCUUACCAGCUUUUUUACGUAGCAAAAUCCUUAUUCACACUUUUAUAAGACCAACAACGUUUACGAAAUUAUCGUUCAGGCACAUGUUGUUUUCCUUUCACGUUUCCUUUAAUAAAAUAUUAAAUUACCUUAGUCAUACCUAGAAGAGAUCAUUCUAUUGUCCGCUAUCUUAGCUUCGCCCAGUCAUAGGGCCGUUUAUACCUGGAGUUAUUCCAGAAUUUAUAUAGAGUUCACUGGUUCAACCCACAGAUAAUUGAGUUCUGUGUUGGCAGAUAACUAUAAGUUGUUUGUGCACAAUUCUAUAUAAGAAAUUUUCAGAAACCACGUAGUGACAUGAUGGUCAGUACUUUUUAGUGAAAAAGGCCAUUUUUGUAAAGCUUCAGAGAACUAUAUAAGAUAUAUCAACAAGUAUUAAAAACUAAUAAUAUACAUGAAAAACUUUCUCAAUUCUGAUUGGCUAAGAGCAGUGCAAUUUUUCCGAAAUACAGUGCCAAAAAAUGAAAUACAGCUAGUGCAAAAAAAAAGAGAUACCGUGCAAAUUUCUUAAUUUUUUAUUUUUCAAAUUUCUUAAUUUUCUUUAAGAAAUUAAAAUUUCUUAACUUUUAAAUAUGACUUACGCACGUGACUGCACAAUUUUCAUGUAUAUUAUUAAUAAGUAAUAGUAUGGUUUCUCGUGAAAUUUGAAAAAACAACACUCGUGAGUUUUUGAAAGACUUCAAAUUUGAUAUUCUUUGAAAAACUCGCUCGUGCAUGUUUUUUCCAAAUUGCACUCGAAUUGCAUGUUUUGUAUAUUUUUCUUAUUUCAGAAACUUCCUGAAGAAAAACAUAUCUACCGUAUUUCAGAGAAAGAUCUUCAAGGAAGUUUGUCUUUGAACAGUAAUGUUGGUGUAGUUAUUUCAAGAAUUCCCUUCACACACUGUCAAAAUGUCGUGAAGAUAAUCCGGGUGAGAUAUGAGAUGUGCCCUGUGUAUUUGUUGUUGGUUGAACUAAAUCCACAAGUUUGUGGAUUUCGACAUGCAACUGUCUCUGUGGUUGAAACACUGCACCGGAAUCGAAGGGCCGCAGAUUCGAUUCCUGCCAGUGGGUCGAUAAUUGCAUUUUUCGCCACUGCUCCUGGUUAUAGGUCUAAUAGAACUGUAUAAAAAUCCCACUCGAAAUUUCCAUCUAGAUAGUGAGAUUGUCGCGUGGGUAGAGGGUAUUAGACGGUUGCGAGGAGUUACGGACUAUUAUGUUCAAGUGGGAAAAACAAUAUAUCGCGAGUGAGCGCAGCGAACCAGGGAGAUAUUGUUUUUGACACGAGAACAUAAAUCCAUAUCUUCUCGCAACCGUUUAAUGUUCUGUUUAUUAUAUGGACUUAUUCGGAGUGACAAAAAUACACGCAAAAUUAAGAAGUAAAGAAGUAAGCGCGCGAAAGACCUGUAUAAAAGCGAUAGUGCAAACAUAAAACUAGAAUAAAUUUUACUUAUCUCAAGAUGUCUUUUAAAUGUUUUCGUUUUAUUUCCAACGCUAAUUUCGUUUUAUAUACGAACCAAAGACCAUUUGUAUUUACAAAACAACAACAAUGAAAAUGGUGGGAAAUUUUCGAACUUCGUAUGUCACUACUGAUGUCACUCGCAAGCGUUAAAUACGGAAAAUACGCGCACUUAGCCCCGGAUGUAAUGACAUAUCAGUUUUACGAGUGUUUAAGUUUCCAGCCAAACACCAUUGUCCGUAUAAUAAAUACGUAGUACAUGUACUUAUAGCUGGGAAAAAGAUGUAUCAGACCGUAAUAUCUGCGUAUACCUCCAAUACCUAAGUGUUCGAAUUGUCGCACCAUAGAACGAGGCCUAACCUGGUUUGCGCAAGCUGUGAGCAUGCAGUUACCCUACAUGCAGUUUCCAUGCAGUUUCCAUGCAGCACCUACCUUUCCCUCAAGAAAGUUUUCGUCGAGUUGUGUUGUAUUUGAAUGUAGUUUUGGAGAAACUGCGAUGUUUAUACACAUCAAAUCUCCGGCUAAAGUGUGUACAAUGGUUUAAAUAAAUUAUUUGCGCUUUUUAAAAUUUUUUCCAUAAUAUAUUCGUUAAAAAGAAUUGUAGAUCAUAAGUUUCUAAUACUUCGCGAAUUAUGUAGUGAAUAACGCAUUCUUUAUUCCUCGUUUUCAGCUUCUCCGACAGCAGUUAGUAUACAAUCAAAUACUCACUAGUGUACUCUCUUCACAAACCAUACAAGAUAGUGGUAAGUGACACAUCGUCGCCAUUCUCCUCGUUGUCUCUCUUUCCAUUAAAUAUAUCGACUUGUACCUGACAACACUUUACAGACCAACACGUAACCACAGUAUAAGGCUUACUCCAGGACAAAAAAUCUCUUUAAGUUGCCCCAAGUCGCCUAAAGAUGUCAAAAGUCGCCUAAAGCCGCGCUAAGUCGCAUAACCUCUAUAAUAUAAUGGUGAUGUUUUCUGGGCAUAUUAACUCAUCAAACUCUAGGAAUUCCCCUUAAAAAAUUGUGUUCGGAAAUUUUUGUUUAUUUCGUCAUUCCGCUGAUAUGGCGAUUUCUUUGACGACUGCAAUAUAUUUCUGAAUUGUUUGAGUGAAUUGCUCUUUAUUAUUAAAAUAUCCAAAAUUAAAAAAAAGCCGAACACAAUUUUGAAACUGACGUCUUUAGCUAUGUCCUGCGAAAAUUUGAGAAAAGUUGGUUAAAACCCGCAGGAGAACAACUCGUUUAAAAAUCAGUAAUUACCGUAAAAUUCGUUGGGAGAAAAUUGAAUUUGAAUAUUACAUUUUCAAUGUUUUUCUUAUUGCAGCGAAAUGUAUUUUAUUCAAUAACUCUGCGAGUUUUCAACAUUUUUCGUUCAAACUUGGUCAGAUAGUCGAACUAGUCUAAUGCUUUCAUGGAAACCAAUAAAAAAAUUUUAGAUAGAAGUAACACUCAAAGGUGUUCUGUAACCGUAAGACGAGGUCCAUGCAGUUCGUGUGGUUCUACACAUGCAUACAUAUAACUAGGUUCCAUGCAUGUUCGUGUUUCCUUGAUCACUUUUUCCAGAAGCAGGGAAAUAUGUGCAGUAUAGUUGUUACCACUUUGUUUAUAGAAUUAAUUAUUUCGAUAAAAAGAAUGUAAACAAAGCUGACGCAUGCAAACAGACUGCGCCUGCACUGUGUCAUGCCAUGACAUCAAAUUGCACCCUCUACAAAUUCCCAACUACUGUACCUAGAUAUGGUUAUAAAUCUCUUCUUCUGAUCACUCCUUUUUGAAGGAUUUCUUAAUUGUUAAAUAAUAAUAAUGGCCACCAUGGUGGCUCUUCAUGAGGAUUAUACAGCAUUUCCACCAAGGUGGCUCUUUAGAAAUGUUGUCUGAGCGUAGUAGAAUUACCUCACUACAACAGCAAAACCAACGAGCAACAAUAAUUAUGCUUAGCCCAUAUGGCGUCUGCAAUAUCACAUUGUUUUGGCUCCCGCUUUGAUCUGUAAAUUGAGUGCUGUUGUAUCCACUUAGGUCUGGAAGAAUACGAUGGUCCAUGUUUUGACGUCAGCACAUCUAAUCCUUUUGUUGUCGUGAUUACAUUUGAAGAAUCCAUUACUUCAAGUUUAGCUUCAGGUACGUCCGCAUUACGAAUAAUUUUGAAGCAUUUUAGUAACAACAAACAAAUUAUACUGAGGAUAAUAGCUGUGGGCUAGGACUAUUUAUGUUAAAUUCUAGUUUUUGUGUUAAAUUUUAGUUGAAUUUCAAGUGAAACCAGAUUGUAAUAUUGGAGUGAAGUUCAACCCUCGGAAAACUGCAUUUUACGAUUCCGGCUACGUCUCAAGGGUUAUACAGAAGUAAGUAGAGAAGAAACCAGGCGUUUCAAAAAGGAAAUAAUAUAAUCCUAAUUAUAGUGUGAAAUGCCAGAAAUUGUCUCCAAACAUUUCAGUAGAAAUAUUCAGAAAUUUUGUUUUUCUGCAAGUGCAUCUGAAAUGUUACUGUAAGUUGUUCUCAUCUCUGAAACAACGAAAAUGCUGGAUGUCAUUCAUUUGUUGCGGCCAAUUAUUCAGAGAUGGAUCCAGCCAGAUCUUGUAAGGGGAGGUGUUCAUCAGGGUGCGACUAGAAAGCAUGACCAUUUCACUCUCAUGUUACUCUACAGUAUUUUUAUUUUGUAUUCCUUAUACCCCCUUAUGUAUCCCCCCGUACCCCCAAGUAAAUCAUCCCUGCAAUUAUUGUGCAGACCACUGUAUUGUUGAACAUUAGAGAUCAGUUAUGAAGUCUAAUUAUCCAUCGCUGAUUUUAAAGAAAAAUUAAAGAAAAAACACUUUGAUGUGUUAUGUAUAGCAAUUGCCACAAUGUGCAAAAGUUUUCUAAAAAUGUUCCAUACAAUACUUAUCGGGUAUCAUAUGUCCGACAUUGACACUAUCUAUAGUUGAAUUUAACUACUUUUUAUACUACCGGCCCCAGAUGUACAAAUAUUCAGAUAUUGCAAAAUUACAACAGCACGCAUUGCUUUGACCUUUCCUAUAGGUGUUUGUCAAUACCAGUUACAAUGAAAUACAUUUUCAAAAAAGCGAGAAAGAUGCAAUCCAACAAUGAAACCCCAAUGGUGGUUGAUGUGGACGAAACAGACUCGACGUUUAUUCAAACCCCGGACAUGCAUUCUCGACAAGUCCUUCCACAGUCAAGUGCUUAUAAUCUGCUCGCAUCCAUGAUUGCAAGGCCGGAUACCUUACCAAUACUCCCGAGCACCAACCCCGGGCUUGUACUCCCCCUCCUAUCUCCAUCACCCACUUUGCCGAAUAUGCUUCAAACACCGUCACCCUCGGCUUCCAGUUUUCCCUUUGUGUUUCAACCUAGCCAGGGUAAAGAAAAUGAACAGUUCCUCGAAGAUAAUAAUUCAGUCCCGAGCAAAGAAAUGGAACAACAACCACAACCACCACCUGUGAAACCACCGCCUAUCAGAAUGAAGAUCAAAAAAGUUGCUAGUAACUAUAUCAUCGAAACACCUAAGGACAUUAAACUUGAACCUUCCCCCGUAAUUGACAACACACCUGUCGCAACUCAGUUCGAUGUCCCGUUCGAUACGGGGGGUUUUACUGCUCAAACUAGUGAUAUGUUAUCGACCGUUCCGUUUCAACAAAGUAGUAAUGUAGACCAGCUUAUAUCUUCCGCUCCUGGAGAUCAACCAAUGGAUGUACUCCAUCCCGUUUCCUUCAUAGAUGUUGAACAUACAGCAUUUUUGCCCAGUGCAGUCAACACUGGUGUCUCUGGACCAUCGAGAGUUACCGACGUUGAAGGCAUUUUUCAAACACUUCCGGGAGGUGCGACAAGCUCACCAGGUGGCCUUGAUGUUGUGGAUAGUUAUGAAUUUGACGCAGGAUUGGGUAAGUAUUCUUUUCAUCUACAGACAGUGUUCGUAGCGGUCCUUGAAAGUCUAAGUUGAAUGAAGUCUACGUUUCUUUAAAGUCUUUGAAUGGACUGUACUGUUUAUUGCCCUCUUGCCUCAACGACCUCAUGUGUUUUUUUUUAAACUGAAGAAAAAAGACCGAUCAGCAUAUUUACCAGCUAUUUCUUGUAAAUAUGCUGAUGGUCUUUUUUCUCCAGUUUAAAUAAAGUCAUUAUUAUUAUUAUUAUUAUUAUUACGUUUCUUUAAAGUCUUUGAAUGGACUGUACUGUUUAUUGCCCUCUUGCCUCAACGACCUCGUGUGUUUUUUUCCUAUGUCUCCUGCACAAUAGAUUUAUGGAUAGGUUUGUGAUUGGGAUCAAGAUCAUAGAAAACUAGUUCUGUCUGUAACAGGCACGAUAGUUUUACAACUGGGUUACCGGCUUGUUUACCAUGUGUUAUUAUCAAUUUUGUUUAGAUCCAACGUUCGAUAUAGAAGCGGAGAUCGUUGCUGCGGGUGUAGGUAGUGUGACAUCAGAUGGCACUGGUUUUGAUAUCAGUAGUGUUUAUGAACCUGGUGCGUCUACAUCCUCAUCAUCAGGUAUAUUUCUUUUCUUAUCCUAUGGCCACAUACAGUGGGUGUCAAAACUGUUUCCAGUCAGUAUUGAAUGGAUGCUUUUAAUUUUGUACUAUAUUUUCGCACUGUAUCACAACAAUAUUCAAUUUUAGUUUUGGAAUCGAGUAAUUAGAGAAGUAGCGAUAUAAUUUCAGGAUUUAAUGUGCCCUUCCUUAGCGUAUAAAGUAGCUUGAAUUUCUUUUGGCAUGGAGUUUUUAAUUGGUAUAUUGAUUCUCCUGUGAUGUAGUACACCUCGGUUUCCCAGACCUUCAGGCAGUGGAAUAGGAUUUAGUUCUUCUGAACCUUCCAACGGCCCGCUGCACUGUAUUUUGACACACCUAUCUUUGCAGCAAUUUGUCCCUGUGUAAAACCUUUAUUACUCAGGGGAAUUGCUUGUCCCCUAACUUCUUCACUGAGGUCUUUAGCCAUCUUUGGUGUUCAUGCGUGUAGAGGAUCAGAUUAACUUAUGUUAUCACUGAUUAUGGCAAAUUGUGGGAGACAAUAGACUUUAUGCAUAGUGACGUCACAAAGCUUGAUGCCCGUGAGGAAUGCUGGUCUUAGUAGUCAUUGCCCGGGAAAAUUAAACAGUUCAGAAUGGCGACUAUCGAAAUUUUACCGGGCGAUGACCACUAAGACCAGCAUUCUUUGCGGGAAUCAAGCCUUGUGACGUCAUUAUGAAUAAGGUCUAUUGCAGAGCGCAAUGCGCAUGUUCAAGUACCAAAUGUCACUCUAAUUUCAGAAGACAAAAUGAAUUCUCGAAUUUGUGGGAAAAUGGGAGUGGACUCCUACAUUUCGCACCACUGUAUGUCAAAAGCGACGUUUAAAUCCGCGUACAGGGAUAGCCAUCUCUCGGGCAGUGAGAUGUACGUAAAAACCAGUGAACUAUAGACAUGUGAAACCAAGAUGGCGGAAAUUGACGUCCAGUGCUUAUGAAGGUUGUAAACUGUUUGCAUAUUAAUCCAGUCUAUCUCACAAAUUGUAUCGCUAAUCAAGUUGCCAACCCAUAAAACCAUAAUAUAUUAUUUCAAUCGAAGACAGAGCACAAAAUUUUGCCACACUCUUUGUGCCUUGUAUUAACCGCGCAGACAUAAACAACAGAAAGGGACUGGCACUGGGCGUCAUUUUGCGCCAUCUUUGGCUUCACAUUUUGGACGCGAGUUCUUACUCGAGAUGCAUAUGGAGCUCACUCGUAUAAGCAUACACGUUUUGUUGCUAAUUCAUACUUAACAGGAGAAAUUUUGUAAUUUUUAUACAACAAUAAACUUCAAAAAACGUUUACAGUUUUUUUCAAACAAGCAAUCGCAUUCUUGAGUGCCCAUAUUGAUUAAAAGAACCAAGAAAUAAGGCGGGUGUAAGGAAUUCCCCCUCGCCAAAAACAGUCAAGUACAGAUCUGGCAGUUUUCGAGACUUGCGUAAUCCGCGUAUAUGCAAUGUUAAAGGACAUUGGCGAUAAAAAUUAGUUUGUCUCAUUCAAAAGAACUCUUAAUAAACUCUAUUACCGAUUUGUCAUAUCUUGCUUAGCUCUCAAAAUAUUUAGACCGAAAUUAAUGAGUUGUCCGCCAUCUUGGACUAAUUCUUCACCUCAUUAACUAUCUAAAAUGACCGAGUAACAAUAAAAAAUUGUUUGAAAUGUUUGUAAUCAUUUCUAAAUCUCAGACAGCAACCAGAAACAAAGUGUUGGACGGUGGCCGGACAUUUUGCCGAAAGACACUUUGCCGAAAGACAUUUUGCCGAAAGACAUUUUGCCGAACGGACAUUUUGCCGAAACUAAAGAUAUCUUCUGAACUUUAAAGGUUCGCUUACACGGUCAAAGUUUGCGUGAUUAAAGUCAUUGUCGAUUUUGAUGACAGAAACUUUGUAGUGAAAUAUAGUUUCGUUUUAUAUUCUUUCACAUUUUUGACAAGUUUACCGAAAUUUCGCGAUAUAAAGAAUAACAUCAUUCAACAUCAUUCGUGAAUGCGAUUUCCCCGAGAACUGUGAAUGUAUUCCAUGAUUCUCGAAGUGAAAUUCGCUUGCGUUGUCUUUAUAUACACGCUUGGUUGUUUACGACCUGACGUCAAAACACGUCCCUAACAAAUGAGUCAUCCGCUGCACAUGCAAACAAGCUACAAAUAGUCAAUAUGGUUAUGCAUUGCUAGUGACCCUUUAUGCACUGCUAGUGACCCAUUAUGCACUGCUAUGACCAUAUAAUGGUUAUUUUUCGCAAUGGUUGAGAAUUAUAUACAGUUGAGAAAUGAGUCACAGUCCCAAACAUUUUGACGAAAUAACAUCUCUAUUUUCGGCAAACUGUCCGUUCGGCAAAAUGUCCGUUCGGCAAAACGUCCCGGUUCAGCAAAACGUUCGUCGGCAAAAUGCCCGUUCGGGAAAAUGUCUUUCAGGGAAAUGUCUUUCGGCAAAGUGUCUUUCGGCAAAAUGUCCGGGUACCGUGUUGGACCCAUAUUGAUCGCUUACUCUCAAGACAAAAAAUUAACGUGACCCCUCUCUUGACGUAACAAUUAACAAUUCAAUUUAUUUACCACUUCUUUUAGUCGAGGACCUGUAUAUGAGUUUGUAUGCAUUUCAUUUAGGACAGAUAAUCUCAACUGUUUUAGGGUAAGUUGACCAUGACGGUCAACAUGGUAACGCUGCCCGAACCCCAAUCCGGGACGAAACGUCCGAAACUGACCACACCCAAAAACGACGCUUUGGCCAUAGUGCUAUCUACCAAACCAUACAAGCUUCGGCUAUUAUGAAGUGCUUAUAUGGUUCAGAGAUGGUGCUUUUAGGGGUGGUCAUUGGUAAGUGUGAAAUGCCUAGCAAUGAUAUUUCACAAGAAAAUGACCAUGAAAUACUCAUAGUCAAACGUCAAUUUGUAGCUUACAACUUCAGAUAAACAGCAGUGGACCUAUAUUACCUUUUUUCCUAAGUAUUUUUGAUAGAAACAUAAUUGGUGCUUAUUUAAUUAUAUUAUCACUGUUUUGGUGUAAAAUGGUUAAUAUUUUGUGACCGAAAUAAUAAUUUCAAAUGUACCUACCUCCUGCAAUGGACGUAUUUGACCAAAUUGUCCACUUUACUCCGCUGUUUAUCGCAGAUCUCGCUGAAAUCCUUCCAAAUAUGCAAUUCAGCUCAAACAUAACGGUAUCAAGCACAUUUUAAACAAGUUUUAACUGGGUUUCAAGUAGAUCCUACCUGUUUAACCAUCGACAAGGUAAAACCUCAACUUUGUCCAAAUUCGGCGCCAUUUUGUCAUCCCGUUCGGUUGUGCACAUUUCGGUCUCGUUCUUCCAUCGAAGAAGGAUAAGAAGUGAUAAAGACAAAUUUAACCCUUUGUUAAGGGUAUUAAAAUAAAAAUACAAUAAAAAAAGCGAAAUGCAGCAUUUUAUCACCCUGUAAGAUGUUGCUUACGAGUCUUUCAAAACAUUCCGUACAAAUCUCGCGUGGGAAAGUAACAGGGACGUGACAGGGGGGUGGAGACUUAAAAAAUAAAAGCAAAGGCACGCAGAACGCAGUAUAAUGAUAAAACCAACAAUCAACAUUUAAUUUGUAUUUUCAUAUUACAGGUAUUAGUAUGUAUUUAUUUCUCGCUACAAGAAAUAAAACAAACGUUUGUAUCAUUGUAUUUAGUUUUUGUUUAUUUCACGCAGCCUUCGUGAAAGACUUCAACCCCCCUCCCCCCUGUCAGAUGCCUGUUACUUUGCUACACGAGAUUUGUACGGAAUGUUUUGAAAAACUUGUAAGCAACAUCUUACAGGGUGAUAAAAUGCUGCAUUUCGCAUUUUUUUAUUGUAUUUUUAUUUCAAUAGACUUAACAAAGGGUUAAAUUUGUCAUUAUCACUUCUUAUCCUUCCUCGAUGGAAGAAGAAUGAGGACAAAAUGUGCACAACCGAACGGGAUGACAAAAUGGCGCCGAAUUUGGACAAAGUUGAGGUUUUACCUUGUCGAUGGUUAAACAGGUAGGAUCUACUUGAAACCCAGUUAAAACUGGUUUAAAAUGUGCUUGAUACCGGCAUGGAUAAUAAAAUAAAUGGAUAGGAAACUAGCUGACGUGACCUAAUGUUUUUACUGGGAUUGAUGGCGUGGUUGGAUGCCUCAACCUAGUUGAAAAUCAAAUUCUCAAAAACGGCAUGUUUAGCAAUAAUACAGCUAAACAUUUAGUCAAAGAGCAAAUAAAUGUAACCACGCCAUUCUACGAUGAAAACUCUAAGUAUUCCCAGUCAAUUUUAGCAAAUAUUUCAAGCACUAAACAGUGAAAAAUACAUCGCAAAUUUCGUUAAAAUUUGUGACGCCAAUUUCGUAGCUACAAAUGUAAAAAAAUACAAAACAAAGACGAAAAACAUUUACCUUGAAUAGUUUGUCGUGGCUUAGGCAUGUUUUUAAAACAAUUAGCCCAGUUUACGCUUCAAGAUCACCCUUUUAAAGUGGAAAAUAUAGCAAAACAAGUUAAACAACAAGUAUGCCGAGAACUUUGGUAACAUUUGCAAUACGCGUGACGUCACGUUUUUCAACAAGGAUGCAGUCAAUGACGUCAGAAGUUUCCAAUCCAUUUAUUUUAUUAUCCAUGAUACCGGUAUGUUUGAGCUGAAUUACAUAUUUGGAAAGAUUUUAACAAGAUCUGCGAUAAACAGCGGAGUAAAGUGGAGAAUUUGGCCAAAUACGUCCAUUUGCAGGCGGUAGGUACAUUUCAAAUUAUUAUUUCGAUCGCAAAAUAUUAACCAUUUUACACCAAAACAGUGAUAAUAUAAUUAAAUAAGCACCAAUUAUGUUUCUAUAAAAAAGAUUUAGGAAAAAAGGUAAUAUAGGUCCACUGCUGUUUAUCUGAAGUUGUAUGCCACAAAUUGACGUUUUACCAAUGACCACCCCUAAAUGCACCAUCUCUGAACCAUAUAAGCACUUCAGAAUAGCCAAAGCUUGUAUGGUUUGGUAGAUAGCAGUAUGGCGAAAGCGUCGUUUUUGGGUGUGGUCGGUUUCGGGCAUUUCGUCCCGGAUUGGGGUUCGGGCAGCGUUACCAUGUUGACCGUCAUGGUCAACUUAUCCUAAAACAGUUGAGAUUAUCUGUCCUAGACUAUUUCAGUUAUUUACAUUUAUUAUUGUAAUAAUAUUUAGGUAGAUAUUUAUAUUUAUGUAUGUCAAAUUGAAAGUGGCGAGAAGACCUCAGGAAGUCAAAGACUUGUAUUAAGCACAGAGGGUCCAACUAAGAGCUGUCAGCUGUGUUAUGAAUAUGUAUAAAACAUUAAUUAAACGUAAUAUGAAUAAAACAUCAAACGUAAUAUAUAUAAAGUAUUGCACUUGUAUAAAUCAUAAAAGCUUGCAUUUGUAGUCAAUAGCUUCAAACAGGGCGCUUAUAUAUGCUCAGAAACAUUGCUCCGAACGAUUGUUCAAUUAUUGCGAAUAAAUUGACAAAACGAAAAUAUUACAUGACGUUCCAACGAAAAUAACAGCAAGGAUUGCGGGCGCGAGCGGAAGGCGAAGGGUGAAUAUAUUCCCCAUCGAUAUAGGAGAUCUAGAUUGCUAACGCAUACCUAGCGCAGGCGGGGCCUACAUGAUAAAUCCAAGAUGGCGGUACAAGAGGGCAAAAAGACUAUAGAUUCUAUUACGAAAAUCAAUAUUUUUGCAUUUUUUGCCGUCGCAUUGUUUUGAAACUUAUUCGGUCAAAUUGUAUGGUAAAGAGAAACUUACCGCGAAGAUUUUGAGCAUAUUUAUGAUUGAAUUGGAUGAAAACUCGCAAAAUUAUCCAGCGAUAAAAGUUCGUGUAUAGUACUGAUAUAGUACUAUAUAUGUAACUUGUACAGUUUUGCUUUAAUUUUUGCUCACUAUUUGCAUAGAAAGCAAAUUAUAACCGCCAGACCAUAGAUGAUAGACCCUUAUCCAGUGCUCUCAUCAGUUUACUUCUCUAACAAGCAAGGAGGGGGGUGGGGGUACAUAACAGUUCAUUUUUCAUAAUUAUGAGGACAGAGCAGAUGAUGAUGAAAGAUGCAAGUAUAAAACACCAUUCACAAGACUAGAUGUUAACAUAGCACAGUAUUUCUGGCAAUAAAACGCUCCAACUGACCAACUGACCAUUUCACACGAACUUUUAUCGCUGGAUAAUUUUGCGAGUUUUCAUCCAAUUCAAUCAUAAAUAUGCUCAAAAUCUUCGCGGUACGUUUCUCUUUACCAUAAAAUUUGACCGAAUAAGUUUCAAAACAAUGCGACGACAAAAAAUGCAAAAAUCUUGAUUUUCGUAAUAGAAUCUAUAGUCUUUUUGCCCUCUUGUACCGCCAUCUUGGAUUUAUCAUGUAGGCCCCGCCUGCGCUAGGUAUGCGUUAGCAAUCUAGAUCUCCUAUAUCUAUGAUAUUCCCUCGCCUUUUCGCUCGCGUGCCCGCAAUCGUUGAUGUUAUUUUCGUUGGAACGUCAUGUAAUAUUUUCGUUUUGUCAAUUUAUUCGCCAUAUUUGAACAAUCGUUCGAAGCAAUGUUUCUGAGAAUAUAUAAGCGCCCUGUUUGAAGCUAUUCACUGUAAAUGGAAGCUCUUAUGAUUUAUACAAGUAAGUGCAAUAAUUUAAGUAUAUUACGUUAUGAUGUUUUAUUCAUAUUACGUUUAAUCAUAGACAAUCAAAGGAAUGGACUGGAAACGCUCGGCAAAACGCUAUGAUGCGAACGCGGCAUCCGUGAUACGGGCUAGCACGUAUCAAUUCAUCAGUUACCGUGGCAACUGGCCUGUAAAAAAGUUUAAAAAAUGUAGAUUUUGCAUAUAUUUUUUCCCUUCUUUUUAACAAACGCAAAGGUAAAAGAUAAAAAAGAUAUUUUUUGGCGGUACCAAAAACAGAGAAUAUAUGCCAAGGUGAGUACGUGUAUAUUUUUAAUUUUCCCUAUAAAAACAAUCAUUAUAAGGCCACUACAAGUUAAUCUUUAGUUUCUGGUCCGGCUUUACCUUCGUUUACGACGCGGGCGGGCGGGUGGUUAGGACUAUAGGACAUAAUUACAAUUGUGGCUUUGCCCACAUUUUUGUGGUCCAUCUUGUCCCUUUUCAUGCUAAUUGUAUCAAAAUGUUAUGAAAUUUUACAUAAAUUGCAUUUAUAUUAUUUAUAAAUCGACAUUCAUGACAGAUUACAAAGGAUUUACAUAUCAAAAUGAUCUAUUAAUUUUUUUUUUUAAUUUUGUAAAUUGGAUAUUUAUCGUUCUAUAAGUUAAAUCCUUCGCGAAAAUUUUCAAGAACUAGAAAUUAAUUGUAAACAACAAAAUAGUCCUGAAAUAAUACUUUACGGAGAAAGGAUGCGGGCGGCGGACCAGAAACUAAAGAUUAACUUGUAGUGCCCUAACUUCGGUUUUUCACAACGUUGACAAAACAAUUACGCACGUAUAUUACGUCUCUCCCUGUGUGGUUAUAUUUCGAACCCUGGAACUUGGCGACAAAGCUGUCACUUGUCUGCUAAGGCAUAUAGUUAUGCUCUCAUAUGUAAUGUUGAUUCCACUAGGACGUUCACAAAUCCCUGCGAUAUACAAAUUUUGUAAUAAAUAUUUUUUUAACAGCUCACCUUGCGCGACUACGAAAAGAUGUCAAUUUUUGUUGUUCUAAAUCCGAACCCUGUAACUACAGUUUUAAAAGAGUUUGGGAUUUUAAGGGUACAUAUUUUGAACAAGAAUAGACUAAUGAGCUCCACUAUCGCUUUUUGUGGCUAGCCCGUUUGCGGGCUAGCCAUUAUCACAUAGUACACAAACGCGAUGAGCGAUGAUGAUCAUGGUGUCCAGUCCGGAUUUUCGUAAAGUAUCGGAAGCAAUCGGAAGCGCCCGUAUUUUUCUGCCGACAUUUCACAUUUGCAUUUCGAGGCAAUACUAGUGAUGUUGUUACGACGCAGUACUAGUGAGGUUGUUAAACCAGAUAAUUAAAAUAAAGUUUAUCUUCAUGGCUUCAACCUAUGGUGUCGAAACCGAUCAGAAAUUGCGCGUACUUGCCGUGUAAAUAUGGGUUUUGAUUUGCACUUUUGACUGAUUUGCGGUCCAUUUGCCAUCUUGAAUUGUCUUCUUGUUGAGAUUUCAUAUCUCAAUUGCAUUCGAAAUGUUUGGUAUUUUAAAGAAGGGUAUUGUUUGGAGGAGGUUUAUAAUGCAGCGAAUAAAACCAGCAUUGGAUAAUUUGGUAAAAGACCAGAAACUGUGCAUCGAACUCGUUUAUUUGAAAGCUUUAAGUAUACCUUUUCUUCAGACAUUGACAGCGUCUCAAAUGUCUACAUAUUUGUAAUAAACCUAUAAAGGAUUAUUGCGUCUGUCUGUCUUAGGAGUUAUAUAGUCGAAUAAUUCAGCAUGAUUUGUCUCACGUUCUCUUAUAAGUUGACUAAUAUUGCAUUAAAAGUGGUAAAAGUUGGUGUGCUAACCAAGAUUUCAGUGUAUUUGUUUGCUAAUAUUGCUAGGCCUAUAUCUCAAACGCUAUUUGCCUAUUAAAAUAUCAUAUGACACGCAAUUUUAAUUCCACGGCAAAACUGCUGUUGCGCAAAUAACAAAUGCGAGAUUAAAUCUAUAUGGCAGUAUUACAAUUACAGUUUAGUAAUAUUGCAUUAAAAGUGGUAAAAGUUGGUGUGCUAACCAAGAUUUCAGUGUAUUUGUUUGCUAAUGUUGCUAGGCCUAUAUCUCAAACGCUAUUUGCCUAUUAAAAUAUCAUAUGACACGCAAUUUUAAUUCCACGGCAAAAAACAUAACAAACGCGAGAUUAAAUAUAUGGCAGUAUUACAGUUUAGGUAUCUUUUAAAUUGCUAAUAGAUCACACGGAAACUUUUUACAAUCGUUAUAUUCAAAAGCCUAGCGUGCAAAUUCACAUAUUUGUGUUUAUUCAAGUGUUAUUCAAGUAAAGCGUGAAACUCCACUGACAAAAUGAGCCCGCACAAGUCGGAGAAAAUUUGCGCAUUCUGACCAUCGUGGUGUGUCAGUUAACCAGCAUGGCAGGCUUUCUGGGUUUGGAGGAGGGUUUGGGGAGUUAAAGUUUACCAGGCUAGCCACAUGUACGCAUUGCGUACCUAUUUUUUAAACUUCUUUUUGGCAAAACAAACUCAAAAAUCAAUAUUGAAUGCGUGUGCACUGUCUUUGAAAACACAAAUGUCGCUAUUUUUGUUUUUCGAGUAUACACUUACUUCGAACCCUGUUACUACAGUUUUAAAACAGUUUAGGAUUUUAAAGUCACAUAUUUUGAACAAGAAUAGACUAAUGAGUUCCACUAUCGCUUUUUUAAACUUCUUUUUGCGUCAAUAAGGCUAAAAAUAAUCAAUGACUGUGUGCAUACUAUUUUUGACAACACAAAUGUCGCCAGAUUUGUUUGCGAAGUAUGCACUUCAUAUUUCGAACCCUGCAACUAUAUAGUGUUAAACAGUUUAGGUUUUUAAAAUUACCUAUUUUGAACAAGCACGAGUUCCACUACCGUUCUUUACUUCUUUUUUGGUCAAACAAACCCGAAAAUCAUCAUUGAAUGCGUGCGUACUGUUUUUGACAACACAAAUGUCGCCAUUGCCCUGGUGUUUAUGUGCAUGGGUACCUACUGUAUUAAUAUACUUCCAAUAAAGUUCAAACGAUUUUUACAUUAACUUGACACCUCUUAUUCAAAUUAAACUUUAACUAAGUCAAAAUAUGUGACUUUAAAAUCCUUAACUGUUUUAAAACUGUAGUUACAGGGUUCGAAGUAUAAGUGUAUACUCGAAAAACAAAAUUAGCGACAUUUGUAUUUUCAAAGACAGUGCACACGCAUUCAAUAUUGAUUUUUGAGUUUGUUUUGCCAAAAAGAUGUUUAAAAAAGCGAUAGUGGAACUCAUUAGUCUAUUCCUGUUCAAAAUAUGUGACCUUAAAAUCCCAAACUCUUUUAAAACUGUAGUUACAGGGUUCGGAUUUAGAACAACAAAAAUUGACAUCUUUUCGUAGUCGCGCAAGGUGAGCUUUUAAAAAAUAUAUUUAUUACAAAAUUUGUAUAUCGCAGGGAUUUGUGAACGUCCUAGUGGAAUCAACAUUACAUAUGAGAGCAUAACUAUAUGCCUUAGCAGACAAGUGACAGCUUUGUCGCCAAGUUCCAGGGUUCGAAAUAUAACCACACAGGGAGAGAUGUAAUAUACGUGCGUAAUUGUUUUGUCAACGUUGUGAAAACCCGAAGUUAUAAUGAUUGUUUUUAUAGGGAAAAUUAAAAAUAUACACGUACUCACCUUGGCAUAUAUUCUCUGCUUUUGGUACCGCCAAAAAAUAUCUUUUACCUUUGCGUUUGUUAAAAAAAAGGGAAAAAAUAUAUGCAAAAUCUACAUUUUUUAAACUUUUUUACAGGCCAGUUGCCACGGUAACUGAUGAAUUGAUACGUGCUAGCCCGUAUCACGCGUUCGCAUCAUAGCGUUUUGCCUCGCGUUUCCAGUCCAUUCCUUUGAUUGUCUAUGGUUUGAUUAAUAUUUUUUAUUCAUAUUUAUAACACAGCUCUUAGUUGGACCCCCUGUGUAUUAAGAGGCCAUCUCAUUGUUAUUCAGAACAAAGUUGGGUUGUUUUUUUUUUCCAAAAGAAAUUAUUUGUUGUUUAUAAAUUAAGCUCCUAUUGAAUUGUACAUGCACUAAUUGUUUUCAAUCAAAUAUUUUUUCAAUUUUCUUUUUUUUCUUCAAUAUCCUCAAUAAUCCAAGAUGGCGAACACAAUUAUUGCAAAAACAAUGGCAAAGUUGAUCUAUAAUCAACUCUAUGAAUAUUUUAUAAAAAAUGACAUGCUUACAAAUUCUCAACAUGGCUUUAGACCUAAUCAUUCCACAGUUACUGCAAUGGUGGAAAUUACGAAGAAAUGGUUUCAUAAUAUUGAUGUCGGCCAAUUAAAUGGGGUGGUAUUUCUUGAUCUUAACAAGGCAUUCGGUACUGUAGAUCAUGAAAUACUACUUCAUAAAUUACAUCUUUAUGGGAUAAAAGGAAUUGCUCUUAAUUGGUUUCAGAUCUUACUUAUCAAACAGAAAGCAAUAUUGUCGGGUAAACGAUCACCUUUCCCACCCACUGGAAAUGGUCUGCGGUAUACCUCAAGGGUCCAUACUUGGACCACUAUUGUUUCUUAUAUACGUUAAUGACCUUCCCAAUUGCUUAGAACAUACAAGAUGCAAUAUGCUCGCUGAUGAUACACAACUUGAUACAUCUAGCAAUAAUAUUGAUUCGAUUGCUAACAUUUUGAAUGAAGACUUGAUAAAUGUUUCUGAUUGGAUGAAGACAAAUAAAUUAAGCCUAAAUGCUAACAAAACAGAAUACAUGGUUAUUGGUUCACAUAAAAGGCUUCACCAAACCCAAACGAAAGUGAUCCGCCAGUUACUUUGGGCGACAAUCAAAUAAAAAGAGUUAACGUUACAAAAUCGCUUGCAUUAAUGAUCGAUGAGACAUUAACUUAUAAUAAUAAUAAGUACAACAAAUACUUGAACAUUCUGCAGAAAACAUUUCUGACGCGCGGUACAUGACAGUGAAUGUAUUAUUUUUUUCAUUCAAUCUCACAUUUUUAAAAAAAAGUCUUGUGCAUGCACCGCUAUAUUACAGUAUUAGUUUUUUUAAUAUUAACGAUAGUGUACACAUAUGCUCUAUAUAUAAACUAAUUUUCAUUCUGUAAUGUUAUUGAUGUUAUUAAAUGUUUUACAGCAUGUACAUAUAUCACAAGUAUUGUAUUGUGUAUUGUAUUGUAUUGUGAACUUUAUUUAGUCACGGUGGACUCAUCAGGAUUUUACACACUUAUGAUAAAGUAACAAAGGAAAUUAGAUAUAUGAUAAAUUAUACUAUACAUAUUUACAAAACUACCUGUUUUUCAUGAGUGCCGUGCAUUAAAUGGAUAAAAUUAGAUAAAAUAUUUAAAAAUUAUUGAAUGAAGUUGCUACAGUCAGACUUAAAUUUAUGUAAAGUACUAGCCUGUCUUAACUCAGUAGGAAGAGAAUUCCACAGUACUGCACCGCUAUAACUAAAGCUAUUUUUCAAGUAAUUAGUACGCGGUAGUGACAAAGCUAGUUUGUUACUGGUGUCUCUCAAUGCAUAAUUUGUGAUACUAUUGCGAUCAACAAACAUAUUAGAAAGAUAAUCUGGAGCAAGACCAUUCAAGGAUUUAUACACCAUGAUAGCCUUGGUAAGCCUACGCUAAGAUACAAGAUUUUUCCAUCCAAGACUUUCGAAAAGAUAAUCGGCAUUUGUAUCAUAACUAGAAGAUGUCAAUACCCUGGCAGCACGAUUUUGUAAUUUUUGCAAUUUGUUAACUAGAUAACUACUGCAACUAUCCCAGACAGCAGAGCAGUAGUCGAAAUAUGGUUGAACUAAGCACUUGUAAAUAAGUUGCAUUGUGGUAAAAGGAACAUAAGGUCUAAUGCGUUUUAGUGCACCAAUACCGGAAGCAACUUUUUUACUCAGUUUCUCAAUAUGAACAUUCCAGGAUAAGUUCUCAUCAAUGUGUACGCCGAGUGAUUUUGUAUGAGAGACUUGUUUAACUGGAACGUUAUUUAUUACUAAUAAAGGAGUAGAUUGAAAAGUGUUUAUUCUUUGGCGAGAGCCAAUUAGCAUAAAUUCAGUUUUAGUCUGGUUUAAAGUAAGUUUGUUUGCUGAUAACCAUUCACUGACAUUAGCAAGAUCCUCGUUAAGAUUAUGAUUAAUUUCAUGUAUGUUAUUACUUGCAUAUGUCAAAUUAGUGUCAUCAGCAAACAUUCGUGCCCGAGAGUGUAUUAGACAAUUAGGAAGAUCAUUAAUAUAGAUCAAAAAUAAAAGCGGGCCUAAUAUAGUUCCCUGAGGAACCCCACAUUGUAGUAAUCGAUUCGAGGAGAAAUGACCGUUAACAAAACACUUUUGAUUACGUUCAUUUAGAUACGAUCUUAACCAGUUACCCGCAGUUCCCUUGAUUCCAUAUGCAUUAAGUUUGUUCAGCAAUAUUUCAUGAUCUACAGUGUCGAACGCUUUUUUAAGAUCAAGAAACAUUACAGCAUUUACAUUACCACUGUCAAUAUUAUAAGCCCAUUCGUUGGUAGCCUCAAGAAGAGAGGUGACAGUAGAAUGUAGGCCUCGAAAUCCCGAUUGAUAAUUAGUUAAUAAUUCACUUUCAGCUAUAAAUAUAUAUAGCUGAUCAUAAAUUACCCUUUCAAAAACCUUAGCCACAAUAGGAACAAUAGAAAUGGGACGAUAGUUAUCAACGCAAUUGCGUUUGCCUUGUUUGUAUAUAGGAAUAACUUUAGCACAUUUCCAUUCGUUUGGGAAUAUGCCUGUAGUGAUAGAACGAUUAAAAAUAAGACAGAGGGAUUCUGCAAUUAAGUCAGAGCAUUCUCUAAUUAACCUAGAAGAUAUUUUGUCUAAACCUGUUGCUUUAGAAGUGCUUAACGUGGACAGUAAUGCGUAAACGGUUGGAAUACUUAUUUCCCUCAGUUGAAAAAUAGCAUUAUUUUGGUUAGGUAAAUAAUCAAGAUAAGACCGAUUGCUAUAAUUAAGAUUAAUUUUAUCCGCAAGGUCUGGUCCGAUGUUUGAAAAGUGAUCAUUAAACGCAUCAGCAAUUUUGCUAGGGUCAUUAAUUAAUACGCCAUUCAAAUCAACCUCGCCAAUGUGAGGGCUUUUCCUAUUUUUAGAAGUAAGUUCAUUAAUGAUCUUCCAGGUCUUAUUAGGAUUGUCUUUAUUAUCAUUGAAAGAAUUUUUGAAAUAGGCCUGCUUUGCGUAGAAGAUUUCAGAAUUAACAAAAUUACGCAUUUUCUUAAAAGAAAGCCAAUCUUGAGUAUCGUUGGAACGAAUUGCUUUAAUUUUUAGGACAUCUCGCCUAUGCAUUUUAUCUUUCAAAAGAGAUGUGAUCCAAGGCGAUUUAAUAGCCUUAACGCGCUUAGCUCGAAUUGGGGCGUGCUUAUCUGCGACAGAAUUGAAUGUGGCUUUCCAAGCAUGCCACAUGUCAUUAGGGUUUUCGUACUGAUUGAUAUAGUUCCAACUCUGUUGACUAAUAUCAUUACGAAAUUUAGCAGAAUCAAAGUUUUUAAACUUUCUGUAGUUUAUUGAAGAAUGUACCCCCGUCGAUGAACCCACAGAAAGUUUCCGAAAGGCGUAAAUAAGACUAUGAUCGCUUAUACUCACAUGAGAAACACCAGAGCAAACAACCUUGUCAGGAGUAUUUGUGAAAAUAUGAUCUAACAAUGUUGAGGAGGAGUCUGUGAUUCGAGUAGGUUCAUUUAUAAGCUGAGAAAGAUUAUAUAAAUCGGCAAUAUCCAUGAGUGACUUCGAAUCAUGAUCUAAGACUGUAGAGCUCAAAUCACAGUUGAAGUCGCCCAUGAGGUAAUACUCGAUAUUUUCGGAAUCGAGCAUACCUAGAAGAAUUUCAAAAUAAUUAAACAUUGCUACAGGCGAAUUAGGAGGCCUGUACCAAGUGGUAAUAAGAAAAGGCUUGGCUCUAGGUUUAUUAACUGAAAUACACAGGUUUUCCAAUUGCUCAAAAGAUAGAUCAUGCCGAACUGAAAAAUUUAUACAGCUACGAAUAUAAAAACAAACCCCACCGCCAAAUCUACCAUUGGAAUCUCUAUCUCGCCUAACAAUUUCGUAUCCAGGUAUGUGUACUUCGUUGUCACCAACCGUAGAGUCAAGCCUUGUCUCAUUAAUAGCCAGUACAUCAAUCACAUUAUUUGAUAGAUAGAUUCUAAGCUCAUCAAUAUGUUUGACUAAACUGGUGAUAUUAAGUAAGGCAAGUUUAAAGCCACUCCUGUUUGGCAAGAGCAGGUUUUGAAUGUUAGAAGUAGUUUGCAUAGUCUUAGAUUGAACAUUAUUUACUGAAUUAGCAACUCUAGACAACGUAAUAUCAUGUCAAUUUUCUAAGUUAUUUAUAAACUCUUUGAAAUUGUUUUGGAGGGAUAUACUGCCUAAUUUAUUUAAAUGGAGACCUCUACUGUUGAGGUGACUAGUCACGGGCAAUAGGACAGGUGUAGUGUUGUUAAAUAAAAAGUUAGAAAUGGUAUUGUACUUACCCAUGUAUUAUAAUUAUGUUUAGAAGAUCAGAAUAUUCAUAAAUUCUUAUUUUGUUUCAUAAAUAGUUCUUUAAUAUUCGAAACAAAUUCCACAUCUACUUUGUCUGCCGCCGCCAUGUUUACUCGUCCCAAUCUACAUACUACACGGCAUUGCCGCCCCUCCUGGCAAAAUAAUAAGCAAGCGAGAAAAAUUAAGGAGAAAAUAAGAGGGUAGGAACACUGUGGGCGUUUCGUGGGCGUUUCAUCGCUCUGGGCGAAUCAGCUUUCUCAAUCUUGUAUCACAUGACUAAUUCAAAUCGUCAUAGGCGGGAAGCAGCAUUACACGUCAUCCCUACGUCAAAUAAAACGUUAUAAAACGCGUCGUGGAUACGCUUGUGCCAUAUAUGGAAGUUAUGGAUACGUUUGUGCCAUAUAUGGAAGUGUCACUGCAUCCAGCUUAUGACAACGAUGUUCCUACCCUCUUAUUUUCUCCUUAAUUUUUCUCGCUUGCUUAUUAUUUUGCCAGGAGGGGCGGCAAUGCCGUGCAGCAUGUAGAUUGGGACGAGUAAACAUGGCGAUGGCAGACGAAGCAGAUAUGGAAUUUGUUUCGAAUAUUAAAGAACUAUUUAUGAAACAAAAUAAGGAUUUAUGAAUAUUCUGAUCUUCUAAACAUAAUUAUAAUACAUGGGUAAGUACAAUACCAUUUCUAACUUUUUAUUUAACAACACUACACCUGUCCUAUUGCCCGUGGACUAGUGUUAAUAUUAGCGUUUUUAAGGAAGGGAAUAUUGUUCAUAUGACAAAGAUUUUCUAAGGUGGAGUUGACUUGAUUAACCUUGGUGGCUAAUAUCGGGCAAUCAUAAGUACUGUAAAGUUAUAAAUAUCUCAAAAUAUACAAGUUUUCUUAGAACGACCUGAAUAUUAUAUGCUAUAUUUCCUGUAUUUAGUCCCCUUCCCCCCUUCUAAUUAACCCCAGUCUAUUUUACAUUUGAAUAUGAAUGAAAAAAUGCUCAAAGACUGAGUACAUGAUAAAGGGGUAAACGCCACACGACCUACAAAGUCGAUGGGGGUAAUGACUAGUAUACACAAGCUGAGGAGGUCUAUUUUAACUAGAUUGUUUAUCAUAACUGCUUCACAUUCAUUGCGUAUAAUUGUUUUACUUUGUAGCUAUGACUGGCACUUUUGAUCUCGACUCAACGUUUGAUUUGGAGACAUUGGUAUCUGGAUCUCAGACGGGCGAAGGUUCAAGCUUAGAAUGGGGUUUGGGCAACAAUGGAGGAAGUGAUAGCUAGUCAUAAAGAGGCAUAGCGCCAUGUUUUUGCUGACAUUCACAUUUUGGUUCAAUUUCUAACCUGCUAAUGGAUACACGUGGGCGUACGAUAUUGGGGUAUUCUUUGCGGCCUGUGGACGAGGUUGUACAUUUUGCACUUAGUGAUAUAAUUACGUAUGUAAAAUCCAUUUCGCACCAAUUUUUUCUAUAAUAUCCUUUACGCUUAUACGAAAAAAUAAGCAGCAAUAAUACGUACAAUGGCGCGAGAUGGCGUGAGCAAGGCGCUACGUCAGGUCGUUAAUAUUCUCGGAGACAUGAAUAGUUACGUGGGUUUGGUCAUAAAGCAUAACGUUUUGUUUUCGCGAUUGUAUUAAUUAGCGAGCCACCUUAAAAAGGGGAAAAAUGUAAAUAUACGAUCGUCAGACGACCGCUAACCGCAAAUAAAAUUAUUGAAAUUAUUAUAAUUUUAAGCUUACUUUAAUUUUAAGCUUUUAGAAAUAUUUAAAUAAUUUUAAGUUUACAGAAAAGUAAACAUGUAAAGUAUUAGAACUAGUAUGUACAGUAUAAUACAGUCGAACCCCUAUAAGCGGACACCUCUCUUAAGCGGACACCUCCUUUAAGCGGACACAUAUCUCAGGUCCCAUUCGGUUUCUUUAAUAAAAUACUAUUAUCAUAACCCCUAUUAAGCGGACACCCCUCUUUAACGGACGCGGACACCUUUCUGGAGGUCCCAAUGGGCAAAUCAACCUCUCUUAAGCGGACAGAUGA